AUGACAUUUCUCGGUCUCACAGGUCCAGCCUUAGCGCGGGCUCGUAUUUUCAUGAUAGUUGUCCCUGCCUUUCUACUAUUCGGUUACAAUCAAUCAAAUAUAGGCGGUGUCCUUGACUAUCCUUCUUUCAUCAAAUACUUCCCUCCUAUCGACACCGUGAACACCGAGGGUUCUGCCAUGAGUCAAAAUGCUACAGUUCAGGGUACGGUUGUUGCCAUCUAUACACUCGGUUGUCUCAUAGGUGCCCUCGGGGUUACGCAACUAGGAAACCGUAUCGGUCGUCGCAAGUCACUGAUCGUGGUCUCUAUUGUGGCCACCAUCGGUCAUUUGAUCCAAGCCACUUCCUAUUCCAUUGGUCAGUUGGUUGUCGGUCGCAUCUUGUCUGGUAUUGGAAAUGGUGGUGUGAAUGCGGUCGUACCCGUUUGGCAAAGCGAGUGUACGAAAACUCGAUCUAGAGGAAAGAAUGUGGUCAUCAUCGGCAUCUUCAUCGCUUCUGGAAUUGCUGUUGCCGGCUGGGUCAACUUUGGGCUUUCCCACAUAUCCCACAACGAAGUUGCCUGGCGUCUUCCUCUGUGCCUGCCAAUAGUUUUCACACUCAUGAUCAUAUCGUCGACGAUGUCAUUCCCGGAAUCUCCUCGUUGGCUUCUAAGCAAGGGUCGAGAUGAAGAAGCUCGUAUCGCUAUGAUUGCACUGGCUGGUGCCGACCAGGCUAACCAAGAGGCCAUCACUAUGGAGAUGCAGACUAUCUCUCGUGCUCUCCAAGAGGCUAGCAGCUCAGAACGAGGGUUCGCCGACCUUUUCAAGAACAAACGCCAGCGUCUCUUUUAUCGUUUUUGCCUUGCUAUUGGCGUCAAUUUCGGUGCCCAGAUGACUGGAGCCAAUGCUAUAUCCUACUAUGGCACCACCAUCUUCCGCUCCUCCCUGGGCUUACCAGCGGAGAGGGCAUCACUGCUGAAUGCCGGUGUGCUCACUUGGAAAAUAUUUGCUGCCAUCUUAGCAUACCUCACCGUGGAUCGCUUUGGGCGAAAGCCAUUAUUCAUCAUCUCCAGCUUGGGGAUGAGUGUGAGCAUGGCAUGCCUUGCCGUGAGUGUCUGGGUCUUACAGAAUCACGAUACGUAUGCAGCUUCAGUGGCUGCCACAUUUUUCCUAUUCUUCUACAUGACAUUCUUCCCUCUCGGCUUCCUUGGUGCCAAUUUCCUGUACAGCACGGAAAUCGCUCCCCAGGAUUUGCGGAUGCAUCUCUCGGCCAUUGGGACAGCCACACAUUGGCUUUUCAACUUUGUCAUUGCGGAGAUUACACCAAUCGCCUUUGUAACCAUCAAGUACCGGUAUUACAUUGUGUAUGCUGUCAUCGCAGCUUCUGUUGCGAUUCUCAUUUUCUUCUUCUUCCCUGAGACUAAAAGCCUCUCGCUUGAAGAAAUGAACAAUCUAUUCCAGGAACCCGAGCACUGGUGGCAGGUGACUAAUUACUCUAACGCUCUGAGAAAAUGUGGAGGGUUGGACCUUGAAACUAGCGAAAAGUUGGAGGCAGUUCGUCAUAUUGAAGAAGCGGAAAUUCGCGGAGUCGAUGAGUGA